CAUGAUCAGACCUUGUAAAGAUGUCAGCUGCAGACCCCACCACUAACAGUGUCGCUGGAGGUGUUAGUAACACCACUAACACCCUGCUACUCGGUGGUGGUGUAAGUAACACCACUAACACCCUGCUACUCAGCACGCUUGCUGUUGUCCCCCUCGCUACCUACACUCUCCUUGUCACUACACUCGGUCUCCUUGGUAACACUCUGGUCGUCUACUCCUCCAUCCGCUACAACGCUAUACAACUAGACAAAGUAUCUGUUUUACUGGUCCAGAACCUGGCUGUAGCUGAUCUCCUGUACAUCAUCUGUAACGUCCUCCCCAGUGCUAUCACCUACCUUGCGGGCAGGUACAUCCUCGGUAGUGGCUACUGCUUUGUGAACGCUGUUAUAGCCUUCAUCCCUGGCUCAGUGAACACCCUGACUAUCCUAGCUCUCACGGGGUACAGACUCCUUAUUGUGGUGUACCCCUACAGGGCUAUCACCCUCCUCCGAGCCAGGGUGAUAGUGGGUGCCACCUGGGUGUUAUCUCUGGCACCUGUAUCUGUGGCACUGGCCUAUGAGAGCAAGGCUGUGUUUGUGAGGACGUACGCGGCGUGUGUGUCAGAUGUGUAUGAGAACAAGGAUGCUGCUGUGGUUGUAACGCUGUGUUUGGGGAGUAUCAUCAUGUUGCCGAUACUUGGUACUACCGUUAUUAACGCUGUUCUCUGUGCUAUCAGUGUUUCUCUGAAGAGGAGAUCUAGAAACAGGAGGAAACAUCAGGAGAGCAUUCAGCUGGCAGUUCCACUACCCAAAGGAACCAGACUCCUGCAAACCCAUCAGCUCCGUAGCAGCAGUGUAGCGGUGGGGCUGAAACCUAAAAAGAAGAACAACCCCCUGACAACAGUGUGUCUUCUCUCGGGAUGCUUCCUCGCCACCUGGACCCCUUACGUUAUCUACGUCAUCUGGAAAACCAAGGACCCAAACGUGCCACCUCUUUUAGAACUUAUAGCAUUCCACGCUAUUCAACUCAACGCUGUUUGUAACCCCAUACUCUACACCAUGACUAAUCAGCGGUUUGGUAGGUAUGUGGGGGAGCUGGUCAGAGGGUUUAUUCCGAGGUGUGUUUUAGAGACGAAGCCGUGGGCUGGUUCUAUAACUGGUAAUUCUGUUACUUAUAACUGCUCGCCAUCCGAUCAGUGACUUCUGAGGAGUUUAGGAUACUGGAGGAGUUUUAAUUUUCUGGCGAAGUCAUCGUCCACUAAUUAAUUAAUUGGAAAUGUGAUCACAUGAAGCACUACUAUCAUUUUAUGAUUUAUCAGAAGAAUUAUAAAAUGGUGUAAAGAUGAGGUGUUUAACUAUCAAAUAGUUGAUCAUGGAUGCUAUGAAACAUCAAUAGCAUGUUAAACUUACUUUACUGUUUUGUUAUAAUGAACUUAGAUUUUUACUUGGAAUCAUUGGUUGUACAAAAUUUUGUACAAAAUUUAAUUAAUCCUUAUGAUUUGUAUCUUUUUGUUUUA